CCAACCUUCUGUUGCAAAAAACCCCCCCUAAAUUCCAUCCCAAAAUAAUGUCAAUUGCUUCACUCUCCCGAUUGAUUUCACUCGCAAAUUACCCGAAACAGACCAGAGUUUUCACGUUUCGAUAUAGCUCGGCCUAUUCUGUUGACAAAUUCUUGACCAUUUUAGAGAAAAAAAGAAAGCAACGUGGAGAAAACACUAGCUUUAGUCGAUGCCAAGUUGGACCCGAAUUGUGUCUGCGAGGUGGUAAAAAGAUGCUCCUUUGGUAUAUCUGAAAUGGGUCUGAGGUUCUUUAUCUGGGCAGGUCUUCAAUCAAAUUAUAGGCUGUUUUGCGAGAAAGGGGAUAUGGAUAUGGCUGAUAAAUUGAUGAAAGAGUUUGGUUUGAUUGAUCUUUAUCCUGACAUGGUUACGUAUUUUGUGAUGAUCAAAGGGUUUUGUAAUGCUGGUCGGUUGGAGGAUGCUUGUGAGUUGUUUCAAGCAAUGAAGGGGCAAGGGUUUUCUCCGAAUGUCGUGGCAUAUUCUGUGCUUCUUGAGUCUAUGUGUAAGUAUGGGAGUACAGAGAAGGCAAUGGAAUUUUUGGGGGAGAUGGAGAAAGCAGGUGGGAGUUGUAGUCCAAAUGUCAUCACAUACACGUCAGUGAUUAAAAGCUUUUGUGAGAAGGGUCGGACAAUGGAGGCAUUGAGAAUUUUGGAUAGGAUGGGAGUUUGUGGGUGUGUUCCUAAUCGUGUAACUGUUAUUACUUUGAUUGAGGGCCUCUGUGCAGAGGGGAAUGUUGAAGAAGCAUAUAGGUUGAUUGAUAAAGUUGCUGGAAAUGGUGUUUCUGAUGGUGAUUGCUAUAGUUCUCUUGUGGUGUCUUUGAUUAGGAUGAGCAGACUUGAUGAGGCGGAGAAGGUCUUUAAGAAGAUGUUAGAAAGUGGAACUAAACCAGAUGGCAUUGCUUCUAGUGUUAUGAUUAGGGAGAUAUGUCGUGAGGGACGAGUGCUUGAUGGUUUUCUCUUUUAUGAUGAAAUUGAGCGGAUGCAAUUCAUUUCAUCCAUUGACUCCGAUAUCUAUUCUAUUCUUUUGGUUGGCUUGUGUCAGCAAAGCCAUUCGGUUGAAGCUGCCAGGCUAGCUAGGUCAAUGCUUAAGAAGAAGAUUCGCUUGGAAUCUCCUUAUGUUGAAAAAAUUAUUGAACAUCUGAAAAGUUCUGGAGAAAAGGAUCUAGUUACUCAGUAGAAUUGCAAGAUGAUAAUUUUAAACAGCUAUCUACAUGCCUUGGAGAAGCUUCAACAUGACAUGCCUACAUGGCAUACCUUGAAGGCCGAAGCGAUUUGUAUUGCUAAGCAAAGCCACAAUUGCAUAUCAGAAUGCUGGUGGGUUCCAUAAUGCUACUAAAUAACUUGUUUAUCUGCCUAUCUUUCGUGGGGUUCACAUGAUUUCAUUUACCCGGAGGACCAGGACAAAGGAAAAUAAAUUCAGGGUUAUCGAAAUCUAUGGAAGUAAAUGUAUCAUGAGUGAAUGAAUUAUUUAUUUGGAAUUCGUGAUGCAUGAAAAAACCCGGUGUUAUGUUUUGUUCUUGACAAAAUAUGGACCGGAUCAUUCUUCACUGUAUUGAAAUGAGAAAGCAGGGGGAACUGUGAGCAUCCACCUCUCAAUCCCAUUGUCUUCUUGUUAUACUCAGGUAGCUAAUUUGUUUUGAAGCUCUUUGCACUUUAGGGUUCUUAGAGAUGCUGAAA